AUGGAGCAGCCAACGUCACAAUCGGGCUCAGGCCCCGAUGCGCCUUCCGCCUCGGUCCGCCCGCCAGCACCGGGCAGAAAGCGCAGCUCGUCUGGGGCCGGCGGGCUCCUGUCCAAGUUUCCCUUCAUGCGCUCCGCCGGCGAACACCGGCCGCGAUCCCGACGUAAUACUCUCGAGUCCGACCCGGCCGCCGCUGUCUCGGCCCCGAGCCUGCCGACGCCAUCCUUCAUCACAAUUCCUGCCGACGCAUCGCAAACACAUACUCAAACACAGACACAGGAAGACUCUCAGGCACGGCCACACGUAUUACAGAACUCGAUUUUACAGCAGGCUGCACAGCACAAGACACGGCGGCGAAGGGGGUCACUGCGGAAAGUUGCCUUGCUCGGACGGGGGGCUCAACGAGAACGACGCGAGGCACGAGGGGGAUUGACCAUCGACACUUCGCUAGGCGACAGCAGCAACGGGACGCCCUACCGAAUUGUAUCUUCGGAAGGGGUACCACUCGCUUCAAGCCCUGGGGAAAUUAGCGGGUAUACCCAGAAUUCAUCAACAGGGAAACAGGACCCGACUUCCCCGGCAUACGGACUAGGCAUUUCCGACCUGACGCCACGGCCCGGCAUGGAGAAUGGCAUCCCGCGCUCCGAAGCAGCCCCCAGUAUCAGACUUCCCGGCUCCCUCAAGCCUCACACCGAAACAAGCCCGAUAAUAAGCUACAGCACCACCGACGACGAAGACGCCCUCCACAUGGCCCGCUCCAAUAGCAACAACAGCAACAACCACAUGUCCCUCCCCAUCCCACGCACAUCCGCACCUUCUCUCUCGCUCUCCUCCGGCUCCGAAUCUUAUCUGCCAACUCGUCUCGUGCCGGGGGCACACACUACCAGCCCCACGAUCAACGGGUCCGGCUCCAGCCCCAUCACCACCGCCCUCCCACCAAACAUUUCCCGCCGACGCAAUGGCACAAUACAACAACACCAGCGCGCAACCUCCCCCCUGGCCCUCGCCGCGCCCAUCUCGCAACAAUCCCCCGACCCCGCCGACUGGGACUACGCAGAAACAGAAUGGUGGGGCUGGAUUAUCCUAGUCGUGACCUGGACAGUCUUUGUCAUCGGGAUGGGUUCGUGUCUGGGCGUGUGGAGCUGGGCGUGGGAUGUCGGAACGACGCCGUAUGCGCCGCCCGAGUUGGAGGACGAUCCGACGCUGCCGAUUGUGGGGUACUACCCCGCGUUGAUGAUCUUGACGGGCGUGAUGGCGUGGGUGUGGGUGGUGGUCGCGUGGGUGGGGAUGAAGUAUUUUAGGCAUGCGCAGGUUAGCGCGGAUUGA